AUUUUUUCAAUUAACUGUCCCACUAAUUUAAUUGCUCCAGUUUGUUAAUACUUUUAAUUUUGAUUCUUAUUGAUAAAUUUAAUUAGUUUUCUAUUCUUCUAACUGUCUUGGUUGAUGGAUUCAAAUCUGUAAUCUAUUACAUCAAAAUCCACCGUUUACAGAUUUGAUCGUUGAUUAAAAUGCAUUCGAAUGUUAAAUUGAUUGUCUACCAUUGUCUUGGAAUCGUGCUUUCUACUGUGGCUUUAUUCAUUUUGAGUCCUAUGGAUAAAACGGCUUCUCCCGUUGAACGAACCUCAUUAGUUGCUUGUUUCCUGUUAAUCUUUGAACCAAUUAAGGUUCUUGCUGUUGGAUUUAUUGGUUAUAAAGGAAGAGAACGAGAUAAAUCACCAUUGGCAGUUCUAUGGGAUAAGAGUUAUGUAUCCAAGAACCUGAGUCAUCUUGCCCUUAGCCUUUUGUGCUUAACAAUAACCGUUACUUUUGUGAUUCUAUCAUUAGGAGGACCAUUGGUCAAUGACUUGGAUCAGACCUUUUUCUUGGCUUUAUCCAUCACAUUCAUCUCUGUCUUACCAAUAUUGGUAACUGAAUCUUCAUCAUCUUCAUUAUCUUUAUCAUCAUUUUUAGUGAGAGUCAUCAAUUUCCUCUUCUCUUCAUCAACUAAAUUAAGUCAAUGGGACUCUAGUUUUGCCAUGAAUCUUAAACUGAUCUCGUUAUUUUCCUGGUUUGGAGCUUUUCUCCUUAAAUUAGAUUGGAUUGUACCUUGGAAAAUUUAUCCAAUUACAUCUUUAAUGGCCUCUCUUUAUGGUUACCUGGUCGCAAGUCUUGUUAAUAUUGUUCUCAUCUCAGUUAGAUUCUAAUCAAUAUCAUCUUAGAGUUGAUAGUUAAACUAUAUUUUAUCUUAAUUUGAUGCAACAAUUAUGAUUAUAAAUUAUCAACCAAAAUGAUAGACAAAAAUGUGUAGGCCAAACCAAAAUUGAUCAAUCAUAUUUUGGUAGUUUUUACACAUUCAUUCAUCGAAAUGUAGUAACUAUUAAUCCAAUAUUCUCAUUGUCCCUCUUGAUUGACAAUCAUAACAAUCAACAACUAACACACUGUAAAUGAUGAUAACAGCAGCAGCAAUUAACGAACUCAAAGGAAAACAAAAAUCAAACAAACCAACUGACCAACUCUAAAAGUAAUCACGGAAAAGGAAGCAAUAAAUCAGCUAAGGAAAAAAGUGGA